AUGGGGAACAGCCCGUCUAAGAAUAAUGUAUAUCCCGAUUCGAAUACGAUCUUAAUGAAUAAUUCUUCCAGCUCUACUAACGGUUCAGGAGCUGGUUCAGAUGAUGCUGCCAAUAAUGGUGGCGAACCAUCGGAUCCUGAUGAUAGUCGUUUAUCGACUAUUAUGAAAUAUAAUUCUACUAGCAAUAGGGAUAUUACAUAUCCCCUAACUGCAAUCAAGCAUAAUGACAACAACAACAACAACAACGACAACAACAACAACAACAACAACAACAGCAACGCUAAUACUGAACGGGGCGAGUACUAUUAUAAUAACACCAAUACUUGUAACAACAAUAUCUUUGAACUAGAAAUGGAUGUUGAGAUGGCUAAAGCAUUUUCCUCUUUUAAUCUAAAUCAGGAUAUUGACCGCAAUACCAGUAAUAACAGAACCAAUAGAAAAAAUAAACUUGCUAAAAAUAGUAACAGGGCUUAUCCUAUCGGUACUUCGAAACGUUUAACGAGUCCUUUGGACGAAGAUGGUAAUAAUAAUAAUAAUAAUAACAAUUUUGGUCUUUCUUCUGUAUCAUCAUCAGACUCCUCUUCUGUUUCUUCAUCCACAACUCUAUUAUCCAACUCGCUGAGAAGAUCUUCUGAGUCAAGUGCCUCAUCUUCCGACUCAUCAUCUACUUCCUCUGGUUCACCCAAUAACACUACUACUAACAGAUUUUUACCUCCUAUUUUAGAAGAGUUUUCUUCUGCCAGUGCAACCACUAUUACUGAAAACUUUAAUAAUAAAAACAACGACAAUGCACAUGCGAGUGAAGAUAACAACCCACAUGCCAUCAAUAAUAUCAUUGCACCAUCCGUUGAAACUUCUAAUAAACAUGUUACCAAGAAUACUAAAAAUAACUUUUCUAUUGCCUCCCUCGACAACACAAAUAAUCCAUCCAUUUUUAAAAAGGGUGAUUUUUUCAGACGCUCCUCAUUAAAGCCGUCUAUUACCAAAAGCACACCUUCUUCUAUCAGCAACAGUGGUAGCAGCAGCGGAAGUAGUAGCGUCUCUAACGGUGUAUCGAGCAGAAUGUCGCCCAAAAUAGUUUCGAAUCUAAGAUCAGAGAAACCGAUUAUUUUAUGGAAGAACGGGAGUAACAAUAAUCCCACAGACUCGCUUAACAUUGAUGAUUGUAUUGACAAGUUAUUGAAGAUCGGUGAAACAGGUAAUUCUAGAUCAAGGCAUUUUUCUUUUGAAAAUUGGGAAAUUCAGGCGAUCUGCUUAAGAGCUAGAGAAAUUUUUUUGAGUGAGCCAUCUUUGUUGAGAUUGCAAGCACCUAUUAAAGUUGUUGGUGACGUGCAUGGCCAAUUCAAUGAUUUGUUACGUAUUUUGAAAUUAAGUGGUGCUCCACACCAAUCUGGGUAUUUGUUUUUGGGUGAUUACGUUGAUCGUGGGAAACAAAGUUUGGAGACUAUUUUGCUACUUUUGUGCUUCAAAAUUAAAUACCCAAACACUUUUUACAUGUUGAGGGGUAACCACGAAUCCGCAAAUGUUACCAAGAUAUACGGGUUUUAUGAUGAAUGUAAAAGGAGGACAAGAAGUAGUAAGACUUGGAAAGUGUUUGUAGACUGCUUUAAUUCAUUGCCGUUUGCUGCAAUCAUUAACAACAAGAUUUUUUGUGUUCAUGGUGGGAUUUCACCACAGUUGGAGAGUUUAAAACAAAUUAGUAAAAUCCAAAGACCAACAGAUAUUCCUGAUGACGGACUAUUAACCGAUUUGUUAUGGAGUGACCCUGAUCCAAAAGUCAAUGAUUGGAAGCUAAACGAUGAUAGAGGCGUUUCUUAUGUUUUUGGCAAAAAGAAUGUUUAUGACUUUGUGUCUAAAUUUGAUUUUGAUCUAAUUAUUCGAGGUCAUAUGGUUGUUGAAGAUGGGUAUGAGUUUUUUGCCAGAAAGAAAUUUGUUACUGUUUUUAGUGCUCCCAAUUAUUGUGGUGAAUUUAAUAAUUGGGGUGCCGUAAUGAGUGUCACUAGUGGCUUGAUAUGUAGUUUUGAAUUGUUAAAACCAAGAUUUACCAAGAAGAAAUGA